CUUAACGUGAGAGCGCGUGCUGGACUUUUCUGCUCGUGAACAGAGGGCAAAGCUUUUUCCAAAUCUGACCGCACACUAUUUUUCACCCAAACCGAGAUUAGCUCUGCCUGUGAAACCUGUCAGACUGCUCACGGAAACACGCCGGUGUCGCGGGAGCUCGCGCUGCACUGCUCAUCAAUCAGCGUAGGCUUGAAACCUGCACGCGCACCUUUUUCCCCAUACAGUCGCGGAUUGCAAGCUAGAAAAACAACAACAAAAAGUUGGCAAACUGAAACUCGUCCAAAAGCAGGAGGAGGAAAAGAAGGAAGUGUAAAGAAACGAGAAUGCUGUUGGUUUUGGAAGUGUUUAGGAGCUGUGUAAGCGACACUUCAGCUGCUGUUCGGCGUCAACGCUGUCAAUAACAACAGCAACAACAACUGUGAUUUGAGAAUAUUCACAGAGCCGGUUUGGAGGAAGGAUGCGUACUCAGAUUUUUUUGUAUGUGCUCUGAAGACAUUUAAAUCGGAUGUUAGGUGAAGGUUUUUUGGGGGGCGGAGAAUACAACCUGAGCCUGCAGGAGCGGAGAGAGAGAGAGAGAGAGAGAGAGAGAGAGAGAGAGACUGACUGACUGACUGACUGACUGUCAUCGCUCAUGGAUAUCUUGCUUUCAUGCACUGGUAUUUUUUAAUUCAGUUCCACGCAUUGGACAGUAAUUUUUGGUGGCAUGCACGCUGACUGAAAUGUCGAAGAGAAAGAGCAAAAUGUGAGCCCGAGACCUUUACACACACACACACACACACACACACGCACGUGCAGAGCUGCGCUCUCGUGUCCAUCCCCUAUCCUCAGGUAGCCUCUUAAUUCAGAUCUGAUUACACACACCUUACGUUUCUGUGACAAUGAUGAGCACCGGUCCCAGCAUCGUGUACGAGUGGCUGAAAACGCUCCAGCUCUGCCAGUAUGUCGAAGCGUUUGUGGAUAACGGCUACGACGACCUGGAAGUUUGUAAACAGAUCGGCGACCCCGACCUGGACGCCAUCGGCGUGUUCGUACCGCACCACCGACAACGGAUUCACGACGCCGUGACAAGACUCAAAGACGAGGACAAGCAGGCGGCUUCGGGGCUUUAUUUCACCUUAGAGCCGCUGAUCCCGAGCCUUCGGGGAUCCAGGUCUUGGACGGAUCAAAUUGGAAUGACGUGCACGGGGUCACACCGGAACCUGACCCUCCGGAACCGGGAGCUUGUAGUCUACCCGAAACUGAAGCUGAAGAUCAUGAUCAGGGAUAAACUCGUUAGGGACGGGAUUAAUCUUGCUAAACCUCCGUAUUCUAACAAGGAUGGCUCUCUGGGUAAUAUUGAUGAUCUAGCCCAGGAAUACUCGGAAUACUACAACACGUGCUUCAGUGACGUCAGCGAGCGCAUGGAGGAGCUACGCCGGCGUCGCAUCUCCCAGGACCUAGAGAUGGAUAAAGCGGACUCCAGCUCCCUCCAGCUGAACUCUGAGCUCCAGGAGUCCCUCAGCUUCAGCAGCCAGGUGUCUACACCGGAAACGGAAAGAAAGAUUUCUCUGCACAAGUCCAACUCUGAAGAUGGCUCAGGAAAAUGGGACAGCAAGAAGAAGAACAAAUCUUUCUGGCAAAACUUUCGGAAAUCCCAGAAAGGGCUCACGCGACAGAGCUCGAAAGGAGAGGACAUCGGCUACGUGGCCAGCGAGAUCACCAUGGGCGACGAGGAGCGCAUCCAGCUGAUGAUGAUGGUCAAAGAGAAGAUGAUCACCGUGGAGGAGGCGCUGGCUCGGCUUAAGGAGUAUGAGAGGAGCAGGCAGUUGAGCACCAGUUCAGACACUGCAGAGUGUGCUGAUGGAUCCAGUCCCACUGUUAACCUGCCCUCCACCUGCAACUCUCGCGAACAGUCCGACGACGAGCAGGAAGACUCGAAAUUCAAGAGGCUUCACAAACUGGUCAACUCCACACGCCGCGUCCGUAAGAAGCUUAUCAAAGUCGAUGAUGCCAAAAGGCAGGGGUCUGAAGACUCUCUGAGCUUGGACGUGUCCCCUUCGUGCGAGGACACCAGCGCCCUGUAUGCAGGCGUCAAUAAAAAAGGCACACGCUGCACGGUGGACUCGUCACUGUCCUCUCUGACCCAGGAUCAGCUCUCAGUGGAUGGAGACAGGGACAGUUUAAGUACAUCUCCGUCCUCUAGCAGCUUGGAGGCCUGGACCUCUGCGCACAGGCUGGUGAAGCCUUCACCUAACCCGCACAGCUUGGUCCGGCCUCUAGCCAGCACGGGCGGCAGCACCGGCACCGAGGACGAACUCGAGACCAGGAAGACGUCCCUGUCUCAUGGGGUAAGUACGGACACGGUGUACACACACUACAGCCUCGUUCGGCCUUGUCCUCAACCUCACCGCAUGCUGGUGCCACUGGUCUGCACCAAGCGGCCUCCUGUUUCCACCUGGCAGCGAAGCAAGCCCGAUCCCAAUUACGCCUAUUCCACCAAGCACUUACUGUACCAACGCAACUGCCAAAAAGCUUCCAGCUCUCCUCCGCUCACCCUGCCUUCUUCGCCCCGGGUGCGUGAGCUGGGCAGGGAGAAAGGGAAGGGCAGUGUUGGUAUAGUGGGAACGUGGCUCUGCCCUCCCAAGCGCCUGCGAGGAAGAACAGCUGUCAGCGAGCUGAACAUCACCUACGUGGUGGAGCGCAGCCUGUACAACCACUUGAGCCGGAAAGCCGAAAGGCUCCACCUGCUGGAGGACGAGAGAGACGGCGACCGCAAAUGGGCGUCCAGCGUGGACCGUUGCACCCGACGCGUCCUCCUGCGUAUCCAGCAGAAGUCUAGGACGUGUAGCUUUGGGGGUUUCGAUCUGUCCAACCGAUCGCUUCAUGUGGUCAGCACGGCUUCUGAACCUCAUGAGCAGGAGGCUCUAUACAGGGAUGCAAUAAAGUCUCCUACGAGCUCUCGCAUCUCUCUGGGAAGGAAAGUGAAGUCUGUGAAAGAGACUAUGAGAAAACGCAUAUCCAAGAAAUACAGCAGUUCUCUUUCUGAACAGUCCAGUCCAGACGGGAUUCCCAGCUCUCCUCAAUCUCCUCAGCCAGACACUGACUCCCUGGAAAAGCCCAAACUAAAGGCAGGAGGAUCUGUGGAGAGUCUCCGCAGCUCUCUCAGCGGACAGAGCUCCAUGAGUGGCCAGACGGUGAGCACUACAGACUCGUCUGCCAGUAACCGUGAGAGCGUGAAAUCAGAGGAUGGGGAUGAUGAAGAGCCUCCGUACAGAGGGCCGUUCUGUGGCAGAGCCAGAGUGCACACAGACUUUACUCCCAGCCCUUAUGAUACAGACUCGCUCAAACUGAAGAGAGGAGACGUGAUCGACAUCAUCAGUAAGCCGCCCAUGGGCACGUGGAUGGGGCUACUCAACAACAAGGUCGGAACCUUCAAGUUUAUCUACGUAGACGUCCUGGCAGAGGAGGAGGAGAAACCCAAACGCACCAUCAGGAGGAGAAGAAAGGGGCGUGCUCCAAAACCCAGCUCUGUAGAAGAGCUUUUAGAAAGGAUCAACCUAAAGGAGCACAUGCCUACAUUCUUGUUUAAUGGUUAUGAGGAUUUGGACACCUUUAAGCUGCUUGAAGAAGAGGAUCUGGAUGAGCUGAAUAUCAGAGACCCUCAGCACAGAGCUGUACUGCUCACUGCUGUAGAGUUACUGCAGGAGUAUGACAGCAGCAGUGACCCAGAGCGCAGUGCCCUCUCUGGCUCCCAGGAAAAACUCCUCUGUGAGGGGAGGGGCAUGGCAGCUAACUCCCCACGGGACUCCGGUUGCUAUGAAAGCAGCGAAAACCUGGAGAACGGUAAGCCUCGUAAAGCAUCUCGCUCAAGUCGCCGUUCUUCUGGCUUUGAAUCCGGUCGAGUCCAGUCUCUGGAUUUCCCCACGCUUCCCAUCAACAACUCCACUGAGGAGCUGCAGCACCAGUCCAAGAAAGAACGCAAGUUCCCCAAGCACUUUCUUUCCCGGCCUAUCAAGGGCUUCAGCCUGCGUUCUCUGGGUCUGAGAAAGGGCCUUCGUUCAGGACAGAGGCGUCAAAUGCCAGCCAGUCGCAGCUGUGAGGAGCUUGAUGGGACUUUAGAUGCUCCACAGCGCUGGAAGCGGUCUCACUCUCUUGGGGACAUACAGUGGCAGCACACCUUUGACCAGAGCAAGGAGAAAAUAAAUGAUCCCCAACAUGGCGGUGAAAGACAGAAAGAGUCGAACUCCGCAAUUCUUCAGUCCAGCACUCAGAACAGUGGAGAAUCCCAGUUGGACUCAAAAACAGAGUUGUGCAGCACAAACAAAGUCGAGAGACCUUUAGUGCCCACCCAACUGCCUCUCAAGCCUUCAUGCCAAACUCCAGAUAAACAGCCUGAAUCUGCCCCAACCAGCCCGGCACCUCGUACUCACCCCAAAAAGCCUCCUGUUCCCCCUCCUGUUCCUGCCAAAAAGUCCAAAGAGCGCCUGCUAAAUGGGUUGCGACACCCGUCUUUGGUCCUGCCAAGUUCUAGUCCAGGCACGCCAACCCUGUUCUCUAAACCCAUAAGCAGUCCUACUAGCCCCUCUGAAGGUAUCCCAUCCACGUCAGUGUCUCCAGAUGAUUCAGAGAAACCACCACCAUGGCUCUCUGACCUGCCCGAGUCUGCCUGCCCACAGAUUCAUGGAGUCAAGAUAUCCCUGGGCAAGAAGAUCACCCAUGCCAAAAUGACUGAUUUGGAGACACUAUUGGAGGAGAAGCUUGGCUCAGAGGGCAUCGAUCUUAUGGCAGAGCCUUACUCGGAUAAGCAUGGCCGCUGCGGUAUUCCUCGGCUCUUGGUGCAGAGAUACUCUGAGGACUUCCAGCAGCCACUGAAAGACGUGGCCUCCACUCUGGACCAGAUAAGAGUUAAGCAGCUACGCAAGGAGCACCGCAUGGCCAUUCCGUCUGGAGGAUUGACGGACAUGUGUCGGAAGCCCGUGUCUCCAGUGCACCUUAGCUCCGUUUCCGAUUGGCUGGUGUCCAUUGGCAUGCCCAUGUAUUCCGACCUCCUGCUGGCGGCGGGCUACGACACGCUGGGCCGCUUGUCUGCUCUUACUGAGGCAGCGGUACGCAAGGCAGGACUACAGGAGGAGCGACACAUCCACCGGUUGCUCAGCGAAGCUCGGCUCAUUGCAGCCAGCAGCGCAACACAGACUUAACGACACGUGGCUGCUUUAUGGAUAGCCACGAACUGCUGCCUGCGCUAAUCUAAGGAUCAGGUGAACUUACAGUGGAGUAAAACCAAGUGCUGGAAUGGACUGAGGGAUGAAGGAUGAGAAAUACGGAAGGGGUUCUCUGUAGCAUUUCAUGAACAAAAAAAAAUCUCUUCAUCUGCAUCUUCCAAGCAUUUGUUCUGUCCUUUUCUUUAACUCUGUUUUGCUGAUGUUUACAGAAAGGACUUCUGUGGCUUCCAUGAACUGUUAGUGGUAGAUCUUUGUACCAAUCCUGAAAGGCUUGCUUUUUUAAAAAAAAGAGAGAGAUAGUGAGAGCACAUGAUUUUUGAGAUUUUCUAAAGAUUCUGGCUUAAGACUCGAGACUGUUUUGUCCUGUUCUAAUGAACGCAUGUUUGUAAGGAAGAAGGACAUUUUGUGCUUCUUCCAGCACAGCGAGAUGUCGUAGCCUGGCCAAAGCGAUGUCAUUUCCUGCAGGUUAAUCUGUUCAACACGCAACUUGUCAGCUCGUAGAAAUGAAUAUCGAUCGGUUCACUUCCCGGUGUUGGUUUUAAUGCUAAGUGUUCUGAGCACUUAGCUCAGGAUGAUGUGUAUUUUAUUUUAUUUUGCAGGAGGGAAUAUAUAUUUGUAUAGUCCGUAAGCCAUUUCAGCUUCCUCGGUGCCAAGGGGUUAAGUUGUAAAGCAUUGUAAAGCUUUUUUUUUUGUUUUGCCUUCACUUAGUUAAAGUAUACAUCUAAUAAUGUAUAUUCAGAUAGCAUUUAAUCUUCUAAUACACAGUAUCUAAUUUUCAUUACUUGUCUGUUCUGGGAUCGAAUCAUUUAUUCCUGAAUCAUUUACAUAUCUUUAAGCUUUGCCUUUGCCAUCAUGAAACGAUCGACACGACAGUAAUAAAUGUCUUCGGCUGGGUGACGCAGCGGCGAUAACGUGUUUGUAUUUAACGAAAACACUUAGAUGUUUUAGAGCUUUUGAGGAAAACCUCCCAAACACUGUGGCAAAUACAUAAAAUUCUGAUAUUUAAACUCCUUGCCCAGCAGUGUAAAGCACAGUCUGAACCGUAAAAACUCAUAAAAAGGGCUCAGAGAGAACAGCUUCCUUCGUCCUCCUGGAAGAUGCUCUGUAAAAAAAAAAUGUCUUGAGUGGGAAUCCAGACCAGUGAAGAUGCUCUGAUGCUCCAGACCGACGAGUCUCUACAUUAAGGGACCCAUAACGAUGUUUUUCUUUUCGGUAACUCUCUUGUAGCUAUAGAGGGGUUUUUUUUGGGGUGAGAGAGAAAAAGAGACAGCAGGCUGGCAUGGCUUCUGAUCUGAAGGCUGGAGGAUGGGAUUCUACCCAUUAGUGAACUUUAAGGAAGCUUGUAAAUAAAUGAGGAUUACGACAAUGAGGUCAGGAGGUACGAUGUGGCCCAAACACCUCCAAUGAUUACUGAUUCUAAGGAUUUUUUUUACACUUAAUUAAACAAGUUUCCUGAAUUUUCAUGAGAGCUAUUAACCCCUUUAACCUUUUUCCACCAGCGUCUCUUUUUUCCCUCUCCCUCAAAGUGAAUACAACGACAACAACAACAGAGCGUCCCAUAUAAAGAAAGCACAGGGGAAAAAACGUCAAAGUUCCAGCUUAACCUUUAACUGGUACAAAGUGCUGACACUGGAGACUCCUUACACAAAAAACGCAAGAAAAACGUCUCCUUGUGGAAAACUUGACUGACCGCACACAUUUUUCUAUCCUGCUAGAGUGAAGCGUUCGCUAAACUUAAACGCACACCAAGGCACAUUUUGGAGAGAGACGGAUUUCCUUUUUUUAAAAAAAAAUAAAAAAUUCCAGCACAAUUUACAAUUUACAUUAGAGUCGAAACUUAUGGCACCCCAAACACGGAGGAGCGGGAAAAUCAGAAACCGAUGCCUUCUUAACAAUGCAAUCACGGUGUAAUGGCGAGUUUUAUAAAAAUGUACAUAAAUAUUUCAUAUAAAAUGUUACUAAUUACUAUAAAAUGCACUU